UGCUCUUAAACAGGGCGCUGUUGCUGCCGACGGCUCGACGCUGACUGGCAGAAGAAGACUUCAACGGAGAAAAAGAGGAAUAAAAUGACAGGGCGCGCAAAAAGAAAACCCAAAGCCGUUCAGGAAAAAGGCACAAAUAAUGGAGAGGUGAAGAAAGCCCGAAGUGAAGAAUCCAAUGAUGUGCUGCCAUCGGGAGUGAAAUCGGAGCAACGUGAUGAGCUGAUGCAGUUGUACAGUUUUCAAAUGCCAGAAGAUCUGUACCACUUCUGGGAAUUCUGCAGCGAGCUUUGCACUGACAACCCCCGUGGUGCUCUGAAAGACUCGCUGGGAUUGCAGCUGGUUGGACCAUUUGAUAUUUUGGCAGGAGCUCACAAAAACUCCAAGAAUUCCCAGCCGAACUUCCACCUUCACUGGCGAUAUUUUUAUGACCCACCAGAGUUACAGACCAUACUCACAGGGAGUGAGGACAGCCAGCAUCACAUUGGUUACUACAGAGAUACUCCCGACUCCCUCCCUUCGUUCGUUGGGGAAAAUGAAGCCAAGAAGAGCUGUACUAUAACACAGAUGGGGGACAACGUGUUUGCUGCAGUCCACCUAUAUCUGCUGAGGAAGAGGAAAGAGAGGGGCAGUAAGAAAACUGGGGAUGAGGCGCUGGAAACCUUGGAGGCAAAGCUGAGAGACAAAGCACAGACUCUGGGCUUUUCUCUAGAGCAGAAGACCAAAGACAUGAAGCAGAGAGACAAGAAGGUCGUAACAAAGACCUUCCACGGCGCGGGCAUUGUUGUACCUGUAGACAAGAAUGAUGUUGGAUACAGGGAACUUCCAGAAACAGAUGCUGGCCUCAAGAAAAUUUGUAAAGCCAUUGUUGAAGCACGGACUGAUGAAGAACGCGUCAAAGCCUUUGGACCGAUCCAGGAAAUGAUAACAUUUGUUCAGUUUGCUAAUGAUGAGUGCGAUUAUGGCAUGGGCUAUGAACUGGGAAUAGACCUCUUCUGUUAUGGAUCUCAUUACUUCCACAAGGUUAUCAAGCAACUUCUGCCCAUGGCUUACAGCUUACUGAAAAGGAACUUGUUUGGAGAAAUUUUGGAGGCCCAUCUGUCAAGUCGUAGCCAUGACAACAUAGACCAACUCUCUGCACAUUAAAAAAAAUAUUCAGAAGUACGUUUCUGUUCUGGCUCUUUAUAAGCUUUCCCACCAUGUGUUCUUGUCUUCUGUUGUUUGUCAUUGCUGAUAUUUUUGGUGGAUUUGUGCUGCUGUCACUAACUGGAAACGGUUCAGUGAUGUCUUGUUUGUAAAAGGUAGCUGUUUAAUAAAGCUUUUUUUUUUUUUU